AUGGUAGGCUUACUGCAGGUGUCUUUGUUCAUCUUUCUAGCUUUAAGAUACACGCUGUACACAAAAACUAAACUGGGUUAUAUGUUUUAUAAGAGGCAGGUGAGGAAAGCUCGGGAACGCUUUCCGUCAGGCCACUCUACGGUUCAGCCAACGACUAGAAAUAAUGUGAAAAUUGUACCGAUUCCCGUAUUGACAGAUAACUACAGUUACCUGAUUAUUGACACAACAUCAAAUGUUGCUGUGGUCGUGGAUCCUGCUGAUCCAGAAAUGGUCCAGGCAUGCCUGGAGCAGGAAGGAGUGACUCUGGAAGCAAUCCUAUGCACACACAAACACUGGGAUCACAGUGGAGGUAAUAAAGGCCUAAGGAGGCUGCACAGCUCCUGUCGAGUCUACGGGAAUGCCACGGAUAACAUUCCAGGGCUCACGAAUCCUCUCUCAGAUAAAGAUUCAGUAGAGAUUGGCAGGCUACGUUUUCAGGCCUUCUUCACUCCCGGACACACAGUUGGUCACAUGGUUUAUCUUCUUGAUGGGAAGUCCAUUGACGGUCCUUCUAGUCUGUUCUCAGGAGACCUGGUAUUCCUUUCUGGCUGUGGGCGAAUGUUUGAGGGGAAUGCCACAACAAUGUUGGCAUCGCUGGAUGCUGUUGCUUCUCUGGCAGAUGAAACCCUUUUGUGGCCAGGUCACGAAUAUGCAGAAGAUAACUUGAUGUUUGCUGCUGAGGUCGAGCCUAACAACACAGCUCGGAAAAACAAGUUCCAGUGGGUUUUACAGCAGAGAGAGGGGAAUAUGUGCACUUGCCCAUCAACUAUCCGAGAGGAGAAGGAAUACAACCCAUUCCUGCGCAGCCACUCAACUGAACUUCAUCAAGCUCUGGGGCUGCAGCAAGAGAGUGAGGAGGACUGGAUCAAGUUCAGAGCUAGAGUUCUGGAGGAGGUGCACAGACGCAAGGACGUUUUUAAAGGAAGAUAGUGCUCACCUGCUGUGGCAAAAAUGAAGAAAGAAAGUCUUUUGGGAGGAUUUAUGUGGUCCAGUUAUAAUCACUAUGUUCAAAUAGACACUGGAAAGCAGAUAUUAUUUGGAGUCUGCUGUGCCAAGAAGAUUUUGUUUAUAUUAACAAAAGAAAAAAGUUGCAGAUCUUCAUUUCUGCUGGUCUGUUUUUAGAACAGUUGAUCAAAUUGACCAUUCUUUGUACUGUGAAAAAUCAAACACAGUGCAAUGUAGUAGAAUGGCUG